GCUCAUAUAAAAACAAAGAAACCACCCCUUUCUCUAUCUUUAUCGUCAGUUUCUCCGCGUUUCGAGUUCUUUUUCCUACGUUCAAAACUUUGCCAAAGAAAACCAGGAGAGAGAGAGAGAGAGAGAGAGUAUGGCCGCCAUUAAAGCCAGCAGCCUGCUCUUGCUGCUCUUCACUGUAAUUCUUCUGGUUGAUGAAGGAUCUGGAAAUGAGCCUCCAGCCCCAUGUCCCUCUGCACAGAGAGCGAUGAAUUCUCCGCCAUUGCAACCACGUCAGGGGGGAAGAAGAGGGGAGAGGGUGGAGGGGCGGGGAAGGAAGAUGAUUGGAUCGACGGCGCCGGUAUGCACAUACAAUGAAUGUAGGGGAUGCAGAUACAGGUGCAGCGCCCAGCAAGUCCCCGUUGAAGGCAAUGACCCUUUCAACAGCCCUUACCAUUACAGAUGCCUCUGUCACCGAUCCUGAUGAUACCAUCUAUAUACACACAUAUAUACAUAUAUGUAUAUUUCAUGUUGUUAUCAAUGUUUUCCUGUAGCUAGGGUUUUGUUUAUUCAUCUCUCUGUUGUUCUAAAUCGAACACUUUCGUUCUGCCUUAUACGUGAUAGUUUGCUAAUUUAUGUA